AGACGAUACGAAAGUAGCACACAAUUCAUGUGACAUAACUUGAAUCUGUGAAAAAUAAAAUGCCUCAAGAGAAGAAGAAGCGGGGUCGUCGGGAGGAGAAGAAGACCAAACGCAAGGCAGAAGAUCAACCAGAAAGACCAUCCAAGAAAUCUCGGUCAGACGACGUGUACAACCCCGAGAAUGCCGAAGCACCGCUCACAGUCAGCGGUGAUGCUGGUGAUGAUUACAUUGGAUUCGAUCUACAGCCAGCCCCCGGUGUUCAUGCCCCUUCCUUCGAACCCGAAUUCCACGGCCUCUUAGACCCCCAGGAACAAGAGUACUACGCCAGCGUCAACAGCAAGAUGGUUGCCGACGAUUUUGAAUCAGAUGAGGAUCGUGCGCUAUUCAUCCAAGCGGUUUACAGAGAAACUCAAGGCAAGGAGUUGAAGGUAGCCUCCAGUCAGUCCUGCUCGCGAUACCUCGAGAAAAUCAUUCUACGCUCAACUCCUUCCCAACUGAGAAGACUUUUCAGCAAGUUUCUCGGCAACUUGACAUAUCUCGUCCGCCAUCGAUUUGGCAGUCAUUGCUGUGAAACCUUGUUCCUCAACGCUGCCAAGCAUAUGACCAAGGCAGAGGUCAACUCAGGCGAUGAUGAUUAUGACGACGACAACGAUGACGGCGAAGAUGAAGAAGCAGGAGAGCCUUCUCUGUCACUGGAGGACUUGUUCCUUGCCACCGCCGAAGAGCUCAAACCAAACAUGGGCUUCUUGCUCACCGACCGAUUUGCAUCACAUACCGUUCGAGUUUUGUUCUUGGUUUUGUCGGGCCAACCAGUAGACGACGAGUCAAUCAAGGCAGUUCUUGCCAGCAAGAAGAAGGAGAAACUAGAAACAGUUUCGGCAACGAACUCAACAGACUCCGACCAGAAGAGAUUUGUGCCGAAGACAUUUUCGCAAGCUUUAUCACAGUUGAUAAACAGCGCCGUUACUUCGCUCGAUACCACCUAUCUGCGAGCUUUGGCAACCCAUCCCACCGGAAAUCCUGUGCUACAACUUCUACUACAACUCGAAUUCUCUGCUCCCAAAUCAAAACAAGCCGAAUCCUCGGCACUAUACCAAAAGCUUUUCCCAGACGAAUCUCUCGAAGAAGACACCGAGAGCGCGAAAUUUAUUUCUGGUUUGCUCUACGAUCCCACUGGAUCUCACCUAGUGGAGACUUUGGUUCAAAAACUGCCGGGCAAGAAGUUCAAGCCCCUGUACAAGAACGUCCUAAAACCCAAGCUCGCCAACAUGGCCAAGAACGAUAUCGCUAGCUACGUGGCCAUCAGAGUUCUAGAAAGGUUGGGUAAAGACGAUCUUCAAGAAGCCAAAGAGCUACUAUUACCUGAAAUGUCCACACUUGUCUCACGGAAAAGGACAGGAUUGAUCAAAACCCUGGCCGAGAGAUGCGCUGUUCGAAAAGUCGGCUUAGCUGACCUGACAGAGAUCUUCACACAUGGAUACGGAGACGAGAAGGAAUUCAUCUUGAACGUUCUAGAGUACAAGCCGUCAGGUGAAAUGGAAGGGACAGAGAACAAGGAGACGACACCUCAAGCAUCAACCCACGGAUCAUUGUUGGCACAAUCACUUCUAGCUUCGCCUGCGACAGCGCCCUUGGUUCAAAACAGUCUGUUGGGUCUGCCUGCCUCCACCAUCAUAGCAUUGGCCAAGGUUCCCGCAAGCAGCCGCCUUAUUCAAUCUGCACUGGUCCCCAGUCACGACAACUUGGCUUUCCGACGUCGCUUUGUGCCACUCUUCUAUGGCCACAUUGUUGAACUUGCCUUGGAUGUGACAUCUUCCUACGUGGCCGAUGGGUUGUACCACGCCACGGAAGGUCUCCAUUUCAUGAAGGAAACUCUGGCACGAGAACUCGCCUCCAAAGAGACAGAGCUUCGAAAUAGCCCGUUCGGGAAAAAUGUGUGGAGGAAUUGGCACAUGGAACUAUUUACCAGACGUCCUGGUGAGUGGCGUGCAGUGGCCAAGAAUGCCGGACAUGAUGAGCAUGCAAGAGCACCAGGUGGCCCUCAAGCACCCAGUGUCUCUGCACGACAAGGGCAGGACACGACAGCGAAGAAAUCAGCCAUUCAACUCGCACGGGAAAGACAUGCACAGAAGCAGGCACAAGAGGCCAAAAAAAGGACACCUGCGACCUCGGCCAACAGGGUUGUUCCCACCAACGCCUAG